ACUUUAUAUAUAGAGAGAGAGCGUGAGAGAGAAGUUGAGAGAAACAUAUUGAGGGAGAGAGAGCACAGUAUAAUAGUCCAUCAUGGGUAGGUUAGAAGAGGAGAUUUUGCUACAAAUGGUUAACGACUUCAUAGAAUUAGGAUCCUCCCCGACAAGGGAUACAAAUACAACCACGACAGUUACUCCUGACCACGAUGAUCAUACUAAAUGUUAUAUUUUACAGGAGAUAGUGGAGAGCAGGAAUGGCGUUGAGAGUAGAGUUGUGGAGAGUGUUUUGAAGCACAUGAGAGACAAAAUGGAGUGUGAUGAGAAAUCAUGCGGCGGCUUGAAGAAAUGGCUAAUCAAACGUUUGAGAAUGGAUGGUUUUAGUGCUUCCUUGUGCCACUCUUCAUGGCCUACAACUUUGAGUUGCCCUGGUGGCGCUUAUGAGUAUAUUGAAGUAGUUGUGGUUGAGGAGGCAAAGCAGCAGAGGGGGAUAAUAGACAUAGAUUUCAAGUCCCAAUUUGAAGUAGCUCGCCCUACACCUUCAUACAAGAGGCUGCUACAAAUACUUCCCCAGAUUUUUGUUGGAGAAGAAGACAAGCUACGUCGGACACUCUCAAUUCUUUGCUCAGAAGCUAAGUGCUCUCUCACACAAAAUGGUCUGCACAUUCCACCAUGGAGGACUGCCACUUACAUGCGCUUCAAAUGGCUCUCUUCUACACAAAUUUCAACCAUCACCAUACAAACCUGCUGCUAAUAACUGCUUUUUUUUUUCUUUUUUUUUUUUUUUCCUUUUUAAGAGUGGCACUAAUUAAAUACAACAACAUUAACAUGAGUUUGAACUUCUGAUCUCAUGCUAAUAAUAUUGUUUUUUUAAUUUAUGAAAAAUUUGUCACUC